CCGGAGCGCCAGCGCGAGCGGCUGCCGCACGCCGGAGCCGCCGCCAUGCACCCCGGGCCGCCCCGCGCCGCGCUCCGCCUGUGGCUGGGCUGCGUCUGCCUCGCGCUGGUGCAGGCGGAUAGCCCCUCGGCCCCAGUGAAUGUCACCGUCAGGCACCUCAAGGCCAACUCUGCAGUGGUGAGCUGGGACGUCCUGGAGGAUGAGGUCGUCAUUGGAUUUGCCAUCUCUCAGCAGAAGAAGGACGUGCGGAUGCUGCGCUUCAUCCAGGAGGUGAACACCACCACCCGCUCGUGCGCGCUCUGGGACCUGGAGGAGGACACCGAGUACAUCGUGCACGUGCAGGCCAUCUCCAUUCAGGGCCAGAGUCCGGCGAGCGAGCCCGUGCUCUUUAAGACGCCACGGGAGGCUGAGAAGAUGGCCUCGAAGAACAAAGAUGAGGUGACCAUGAAGGAGAUGGGGAGGAACCAACAGCUGCGGACGGGCGAGGUGCUGAUCAUCGUCGUGGUCCUGUUCAUGUGGGCCGGCGUCAUCGCCCUCUUCUGCCGCCAGUAUGACAUUAUCAAGGACAAUGAACCCAAUAACAACAAGGAAAAAACCAAGAGCGCAUCAGAAACCAGCACACCAGAGCACCAAAGUGGGGGCCUUCUCCACAGCAAGAUAUGAAAACCUUUUCAGUGCUUGCUUUGAGCAGCUCAGAAGAGAGACAUAGAGAACGGAAGAGAAUCUCAUGGUUCUGACGAUGAUUAUCCAACAAACAAACAUCUGGCUCUCUCUACAUUUCCUCCUUCCUCCAUCUCCUUACACCCUCUGGCUUACUGUCCUCUCUCUUGGCUUCUCUCUGGCGCUCUCCUGAAGCCUCUUAUUAAUCCACCAUCUCCAGAAGCACCUCAGCAAUGUCAGUGGCUGAGGCUACGCUCAGAGGCAGAUCUGCAGGAUGUGAGAGAACCAGCCAGCGGGAUGCUCGGCUAGGGCCCCGGACCCAGUCCUGGCCACUCAGCUGAGUGAAGCUAAAGGCUGGGUUUGAGAGGCAGAGAGAUAAGACAUCCAGGCAGGGCUCCUCCUUUCCUUCCACCUGAGAACAAGAGCCUGGCUUUUAGGCUGCAGCCCUGCUGCUCCCUUCCUUCUGGUGUCUUCUCCCUGUUUCCAUCCUUGCAAGAAGUCUGUUCAAUUUAGCCCUGGCCGCUUCUCUCAUUUUUUUUUCCUCCCAGUUUCCAAACAAGCCCUCGGUGAACAUCAUCGAAGCAUGACUGCCUGUCUGCAGGGAGAAGGAUUUCAUUUUUCUUCUCUGCUGGUCCCCAGGUCCAUGGGCACAGGGAGAAAGAGGACUACCAUGGGGGGAGGCACAGCUAGCUGCACAGUUCUCCCUCUGCCCCCCCAUCCUAGUCUGGUGAAGAAGGCUGAACUGCAAACCCCAAUUCUGCAAAAAAUAAGCCACAAAACUAAAAGGCCUGGCCCUGUCCUGGAAAAGGCAAAGCUGCGUGAGACACAGCCGUCUUUCUGCCUCCUCGCCUCUCCUGGACUGGCUUCCUCUUUGAGAAAAUGCACAAAGCUCCUGGGAGAUGACAAGCACCUAGACUGACAGAAGCUGUGUCUUUCAGGGAAGCUGUGGGGCUGCCUGCCGGGCAGGGGCCUGGCGGCCAUCAAGCCUUUGCUGGAUCCAGCCAUCAGGGACUUGUUUGUGGCGCGAUGCACAACUUUGCGAGUGUGUAAGAUGUUAUCUGUUCUGUCUCUUUUGGAAAACACAACCGAAGGGCUUCACUCCAGAGGGCAGAGGGAUUCCCCGAGCUGGUUGCCUGUGUCCUUUGUCUUCUUUGGCCCUUAUUUUGACUGUAAGAUCAUCAGUCUGGGGUCUGAAGGAGACAAAGUGGGAAAGAGACCUGGAAGGUACUGGCCCCAUUUCUUUAGGAAAAGUCUCUUGGAGUUGCAACAGUGCUGGCUUGCACAACUGAAAAGGUACAUCCACCUGGGACAACCUGGGGGCUGCUAAAUCACCCCCUCUGGGGUGGACGCUGCUGGAAGGCGGGCCCGAGCCAUUCACCAUGGACAGUCAGAGCAGUCCUGACCUCUGGGGUCUCCAUAUCUUGCCAUCUCAUCCAGCGUUCGUGAAAGCUACCCAGGGUCCUCAUGUCCUUCCCUAGAGCCUGAGUGGUGUGAGGUGACAGGUCUCUCCCUCCACUGCCUCUUUCUGGUUUAAAAAACAAAUGGUGCUUGCUAAGGAAGGCAGAUCCUUCCCUAGGACUGACAAGUUGCGGCUGCUGAAUGCCUGCAUAGGAAGAGACGGACCUCUGCGUCUUCCAUUCGUGGCUAAGGACGACAGUGUGGGCGACUGCGCUUGGCACAAGCCUGGCACGCAGUCGGCGCCCAGUGAGUACCUGCUGAACUGAAUGAGAAGCGCGGUGACCCUCAAGCCAGAGAGCUGAAAGCCAUUCCCCAGUGACCGCCCCUGCUUUGCGGUCUACAAGAGCUCUCGGGGCUGGGGCAGCUGCCACUCUGCUUUGCCCGAGUGUGGAGCACAGAGAGGGAGGAGAGACAGGGUGAAAGGCAGAUGUCAGCAACACUAAGGGCUUCCUCAUGGGAGGGCAUGAGGCUCCACUCAUUGUCUUGUGACUUCCAUCCCUGCUGAAUGGGGCUGCAAGGCCAAGGCUCCUUAGGGGAGAGGUCCUUACCUCUGAUCCAGUUAGAGCAAUAACCACUUUUUAAAUGUAAAAUAAAAAGACAUAUGAAAAGGCACAUCCUCGUC